AACGCAAUGAAAUGAUCUACCUGAACUUGCUUGGGUACACUGUAGUGCCUCAGUGCACCUGCAGACAGGAAGUGAAGCUCGUCCACAUCUUCUCACAUGUGGCGGCAGAUGGGCGAUGCAGCAGGCAUUCGCAGCGAAUUUCGCUCGCUCACCUUCGUCUCGCUGACGAGGAUGACUGAGACCUGGAUGACUAACACGUCCGUGGCGCAAGACUACCCUAGAGCAGUUUCUCACAUGGAUUCACCCGCUGCGGUGCGCGCGGAGAUCUGCUGGAAGCACUGCAGCGACUGACAGGAUACAUGCCACUCUACGGUCGAAGACAGCCGUUCAAGCGCUCAUUGGUCAUGCCACCACAAUGCGUGGAUUCUGCUUGAAGGAAUCCAUUGCCUAACGCGUGGACUCCACGGUGGAGCUCCGCUGGUGGCCGACAGCUUACGUGCGAUGGGGUGAAGCGAACAAUACCGGAUGAAGAAUAAUGCAGGAUGCAAUUUCAGUCUGCCACUCCGAAGCUUAGAAUCUCCGGCAUAUUCUUGUGUAAUGACAGGUGCAUAUAGUGUAUGUCUGUAUCCGCGAUAUCUUCCCUGAAGUCAUAGCUUUACAGUCAAGCUGCUUGCUAAUUACCGAAUCAUGUCAAUCGCUAUGCUGUUUGUCGCACAACGUGGCCAUCUCGAUAGCUACAAGGGGAUGCAAACCAGUAGUCGAGUGAGAACCUUGUGCGUUGGAAACCGAAAGACAGUUAACCAAUUGACACCCGACACAAGACCGGCAAAUUAUCCC